GCCCGAAUGUCGCGGGCUGAUGAUGACUGUUUAGGUUGUGGAAGGUAGAUGAUGGCGAUGUUUCGGAGUUUCGUCUCCGGGAAUCAGACAAAACAAGCGGCGGCAUCGGGGGAUAACUUGGCCGACACGUACAGCUGCCCGAUCUGCCUGGAGGUGUACUACAAGCCGGUGUCAAUAGCAAGCUGCGGACAUGCGUUCUGUGGGGAAUGUUUGCAACCCUGCCUCCAAGUUGUGUCACCGUUGUGCCCACUUUGCCGCAUGCCCUUUGACCCCAAAAAGGUGGAAAAGGCCUCUAAUGUGGAGAAACAGCUGUCGUCGUAUAAGGCUCCGUGUCGGGGAUGCAAUAAAAAGGUGACUCUGGUGAAGAUGCGGACUCACGUUUCUUCCUGCUAUAAAGUUCAAGAACAGAUGGACAACUGUCCAAAGUUUGUACCUGUUGUUCCUACUACACAGCCCAUUCCCAGUAAUAUUCCAAACCGAUCCACAUUUGUCUGCCCAUACUGUGGGGCACGAAACCUUGACCAACAGGAACUAGUCAAACAUUGCAUGGAAAAUCAUCGCAGUGAUCCCAACAAAGUGGUAUGUCCAAUUUGUGUGGCAAUGCCGUGGGGAGAUCCAAGUUACAAGAGUGCCAAUUUUCUCCAACACUUGCUUCACAGGCACAAGUUCUCCUAUGAUACAUUCGUGGAUUACAGCAUUGAUGAAGAUGCAGCAUUACAUGCAGCAAUAGCACUUUCACUCACUGAGAAAUGAAACCGCUAUCUUCACAGAGAUCUCAGUGGACAUCCUUUGUACAGGUUAACUUCACUCUCCUGGGCAAAGGGCACCUGUUUCCCAGCAUUCUGAAAGGUACUGUCAUCCUCUGCACAAGUCACCUUCUCUCAUCUGAGCAAACGCAACGUCCUCUCCCAGCAUUCAGGAAGGUGCUGUCAUCCUUUGCACAGGUCACUUCUUCAUAUGUACAGAGGAAGAGGAAAUGUCUGGCCCACUUGCAAGUAUUCCAUAGGGCGCUCUCAUGCUCAAUGCAAGUUAGCUUUUCGCACUUGAGCACAGAUCAUGCUCACUUGCCCAGCAUCCUGUAGGGUUAUAGUAGCUCAGCCAGUCACAGCCUCUACUCAAAUCUUUUUUUAAAAGAUCACUCGUGUAUGUUAAGAUGUAUUGGGUACAACUUUACUCACAUAUUUCUACAUAGUUAGGGAAGGGGAUCUUUAAUUUUAAGUUUAUUUUUAAUUUGGAGGUCAUUGUGGAUUUUAAAAUAUGAAAGGAUAUUUUAAAAACAGUUACAGGUGGGAAUAGAAAAGUUGAGAACUGAAUGAAAGAAUCUUUCAUGUACCAUGUGUGUUAUUUUCCUGCAAAUCAGAGCUCGAAUUUUACAGCUAAUAGAUUGUAAAUUUAGUGUAAACAGGGUUGAGGGGUGCAUACCCAUGACAUGAAUUUGUCUCUAUUUAGCUAACUGCCAUGGAAAACAUCAUCCUUCUUAAACGCUUAGCCUCCUAACUGUUAUCUCAAUGAAAAAUAUGGUCGGCAGUAUUGGUUGAUUACCUCAGAUGUUGCAGUAUCACUGAAUGGUGUUGAACCCAAUGAUUUGCAAAGUGCCAGAUAUUUAGAUCUUUUAUGUAUGGAAGCCUGUUUAUUCUUAAAUAUUUAUUUAAGUUGUAACUCUGUGUUACCUCUUGCUCUUGAAUGAAGAUAUCAGCAGUUUCCAAGAUUUCAAUUGUCAAUAUUUGCCCAAUCCUGCUACAAAAGAUGGAGUUUAUGAAUACCAAUGAAGCUCUUGGGAACUGCUGUAAAACUCUCAUGUUGCAGGAACCUGCAGACGUUAAUUCUGGAUAUAUUGGAUAACUGAAAUGCCUUUUUUUGCCAUGUCAUUCGUGGGUACUGCAACUAUAUUUUUGACUGUUUUGGCUUUUGGCGAUAUCUGGGAAUGCCUGUUCAUAUUCACAGCCCUUAUCCCAAGUCCAAGAUGAGUUGGUACUGAAAGUCCUUAGACUUGGAAGCUGCAUGCAUGAUUAAAUGAACAGUAGCAUUUGCAUCAUAUCAAUGUCCUCUGGAAUGAAUAGCACGUAUAGGUGGAUCUUUCUUUAAAGAGCACCUACAGUAUUUUAUUGCCAACAAUCGCUGAGAGAGACUGUAUUUGGGAGCACAGAAGAUACUUUCAACAUGUCUGGCAACCUCCCAAAACACUAAGGAUCUUAAUCUGAUAGACCAAAAUGUGUAGCACAAGGUCUCGCACAAAACCAGCAUGGACCUUAGGGCAGUACUGUGCCUUGUCAAAGAUCAGGCAAUUUUAUCCCACAAUAUGUAUCCAAUAUGUCCAGUUUUUAAUGGGUGUAAUUCUUAUAGUACUUCCAAUAAAAUGUAUCAAAACUUGUAAUCUGCCCAAUUUUUUUUAUCAGGCCAAGCAAAUAAAAUAUUGGCAAUUACUGUCCAAGUAAUGGAAUUAAUUGAAUGAUUGUUUCAGAUCAAUCCAUCAAAUAAACCACUUUUAAAUAAUCACCAAUUUUCCACAGGAAAUUAAAACAAUGUUGAUCUACCUAAUUUUAUGUAGAUGAGGCUAAGUGCCUUGAACCACAGGAGGGGAAACGGUCAGAAAAUAAACCCAAAUUUAAAUUGUAUUUAUUAGCAGAUGCUUCAAUCCAGUUUUAAUUCUAUUCGUGAAGGAGAUCCGACUGACUUUUAUUUUACUUCUUAGAGAUGCGAUGCACAUAGCCCGGUUGCUUAAAGAAUGAAAACCGUAUUCUGGAGGCCAGACUUUAACUAUCUGAAUGCUAUCAGCAAAUGACCAAAGUAUACAGUUCUUCAAAAGCUCAAAAGUGAAUGGAAAGCUUUGGUUUAUGCAAAAAGCGUGCAUGGAUGUGGAUGCACAUGUGUGAAUGUGUACUGUUUCAUCACCAAUGUCAGCAGAUGUACUGAUGUUUUAUCUCACCAAAUAUAAAUGUAAAAUUAAAGACAGACAUAAAAACAAUAGAACAUAAAAUCAGAGGGUGCAUAAUCGCUGGCAGACUAAACCCAACUUUGGAUAGGAACGAUCAAAAGCAACCCAGACUUGCCUGAGAUAACGUCUGUCAAAUAUUUAAUUCCGAAAAAUGGUUCCUCUGAAACCUUCCAAAGCUCGGAGACUCGUCUCAGAUGCAUAUAUUUUUUAUAUCUCUGGUAAGGACAGGUUUCACAGUUCAUUCCAAAAUGUCAGGGUGUAGAUUUCUGAGGCAGAACUUCAGUGGAGGCUCAGAGGGGAAAGCUUUCAGCUGCUGUUAAACCUUAAUCUUUAGGGAGUAAAGAAUAGCUUUAAUUUUGGGUAAAACUGUUGCUAUGACAUUCUUGUGGAUAACCAACUGAUUCUUUUCCCGUCAUGGUCUGAAGGAACUAGCUAAGGAAAUCAUUGUGCAUAUCUGAGAAUAAUUGGUUCUUGUUGUAUGCUCUUGUAAUAUUGUUCCAAAGGAUAUGGGUGAACCUCUGACAUUGCAUCUUUAUCCCAUGAGAUAAUGUAUUUUAUUCUCAUCUUGUUAUCAUUAUUACCAUUUGAGUUAUUUCUACAACAUUCUAUAUGCUUUAUUUUCCAAACAUGGACACAUCCAUGUUAAUAGCUCAUAAUUCCUCCAGAUUUUCCUUCCUCUUUGGCGAUGUGAUGGAAAUGAAUGGAGAAAGCUUCAUUGUCACAGUUGAUAUCAUAUUUCCAACAUUGUGAAUGUGAUAUGGACAGGCACUGAAGAAUAUUGCCAGGAUCCCUCUAUCGUUAUUCUUCGCAACAGGAAUUAAAUGUUACAAAAAAUUUGACACAAAGGCUAUAUCUACUCUAACUCACAUUGUUAUCCCUAUUAGUGCAGCAAUGGUGUAUGGUCUUGUUCAAUUAAUGAAUGCGGUAUUCGCUGUUGAUUUUGUGAUAAUUCAUAUGUUUGAAUACUACGUUAAGAUUCCAUUACCAGAGAAAAUUCAGAAUUAUUGGGUUUAUUUUCAGUAAUCCUGUACCCUUGCACCAUUGUAUCACAAGGACAUAAUUUGUUACUUUCAUUUUCUUAACAGAGCUUGCAUUGAAAUGGGUAUUAAAUAUAAAUUGAUAAUGCAUUCCUUUUAAUAUAUAUAUAUAUAUCAGUACCAACUUGUAUUUGGACGAUGCCUUAAUGUAGCAAAGUACCCCAUGGUAUUUCAUGCUACUACUGUGCUGCUAUUUAACAAUGUUUUUGGUUGUUCUCGGUUAAUGUAAAAGGAACAAUGACAAAUUCUAGUUCUGGUCUUAUCUGCAAAUUAAAAAUUUAAUUCCAAAGUUCAAGGAAGAGGAAGCUAUUAAAUAAUUAUUGUAGAUGUUUAAAAUGGCUUAAGAAGAUUGAAUAUACCGCACAAACUCAUCCGAUGAAUAUCCUGGUGGUUAGCAAUUGCUUUAGCCAAGCCAAUUCCAUAUGCUGCUGUGAGAGGACAUAAGGGGAUUGCUAAUUCAUGAACAGCGUUUCGUAUAUGUAGAAACAUUCCAGCUGUAGCAGAGAUGAAUGGCCAUGCAGUCCUUUAUUGAGCUUUGAUCUGAUUCUGAAAGUCACGCAUACUUAAUUUUUUUUUACUGCUUUGGGGAUUACUAUAUCUUAAUCAGAGUCACUGCUGAUAUGUCCUAAACCCAUCCUGCAUGAAAGUCAACACUUUGGAUGAUCUUUGAAUGACUGCCUAACAUGUGAGUUCUAUAUGGAAGCCAGUAAUUAUUUUCAAACUCUAUAAUCCACUGUCAUUCCUUGAUACUACAUUUUACUGACUCCUGACUAAUCUGGAAAAGAUUUUGUAGCUCAAUUUCCAUCUCAAUUUCUCCCCAGUUCAUAACCUGUCUUUGCAGUUGUAACAACCUUGUUGCUUUUGCAGGCUGUGCACGUGCAGCAGGUAUGUUGAUAAAUGUUCUUAUGCUUAUGCAGGGUCAUACAAUUCCACGAAAAAUCCUCUUUCAGGACCAAAUCUUGAAAAUAUGUACACUUUUUUGACCACUAUAAAUGCAAGAGAUUUUUUUUCUAUGAUGUUAAUGAGAAUAGGAGAUAAAUCUUAAACCUACAUGACUCCCACUAACAACUGGGAGGUGACAUCACUUUAUUUCUAUUUUAAUUCCAGUUCAAAAUGCCAAUGGUGUGUUUGUAUUCAAGGAAUCAGUUUAUCAUGGCUAGAUUUUUUUCAUUGUGCAGAUGGUGUUUUAAAGAUUAGAGACAUAUGAGGGUAAAAGUAAGUAAGUUUAUUUCCACUUGUGGAAGUAGUUUAAAUCCAUUCCCAUGCUUAGUUUCUGCCAAACUAAUACUGUGAUGCAUGAAAUUUGAGGUCUUGGAUUUGCAAAGUUUCGGCUAGUAAAUCGUAACUGUAUAACUAACUGAUUAGAGAAAUAAAAUGUGGUAAGGAGACCUCACAGAAUGAAAUUCGAGCUCUGAAAACAUUGUUUUCUUUUCUACCUUGUUCUUGCCUUUUACAUUCUAUUAAUGUGUAAUGUCAUCUCGAGCCCAUUCCUUGCUGGGUGGUGAAUCUUUUGUUAUCUCCUUAUCGUUUUGAAAUAAUGUGACUCUUGUAUGUUCAAGGGGGAACACGAAUAACCAGUUAGAUUCACGCGAGUCAGAUAAAUCAUUUUAGCAGGUUUCUUCCACAUUAAGAAGCGGCUGAACCAAAAAAAAAAUGAAGCAAGUGCUGAGUGAAUAUAUUUUUAAAGCUACAGACAGGGUAGUUAGUGAUUGGGAAGAACGGUUAAACCUACAUUUAAAAACCAUUGGGAGAAACUUGCUAUAAUUUUAAAUGCCUACACUCUUGUUGCGGUGAUAAAUGAGUGAAAGGAAGCAAAACCUUGAGGCAUUUGUAAUUAAUAACAGGUCAGCUGAGAUCCAUCACAUGCAGCACAUCAGUGAAUAAGAAGUAAUCAGAGAUAUCGGCAGUCUCAGCUGUGGAUAGACUUAGUUUCAAGGCAUGGAAUGAAAAUUUCAGUUACAAUAAAUCUUGAAGGUUUUUAUGUUGUUUAGUACAGAAGGUUUUCAGACGAAUUUCUGUAGUGCUUCACAGUAAGGGAGAAUUUGACAAUCUAGGUGAUUAUCAACAUUUGUACUUGGAUGGCAGGAACCAAGAAUCCAUACAGCUGGCCAGGUAUUUAAUAUUCAGACUCUCGAGAAUUGUUGGAUUUUGGUUUGAAGUGGAAUAACAGAAGGGAAAAUGUAACUAACAGUUACAAAAAAAACCCCAUUCAUUCUGCUCCAUAGUUUAAUCCCCAACCAACUGAGCACAAGUGAAAAUUUCCAGCUCAUCAUUUCAAAAAAAGGUGUUACGGUUAUAUUAGAGUGUGAAAACGAUUUAAUUAAUGUGGAGAUCAGUGUUUGAAACUGUUGAGAUCACCGGUAGAACUUGCUGGUGGCUUGCAGUUUGUAUUUGCAAAUAUACAGGUGUACAAGAUAAGUUAUAUUUCUUCUAUAUCUUAAUUUAUUAAAGUUUAAAAUUUAUAUUUAAUUUCUUUUGGGCAUUACCUUUUUGGCUUGCAGCUCACUAGCAAAAAUAAAUGUGGGUAUUCGUUACCAAUAACGCUUUGCUAGCUGCUCAUCAUCAUCUUCAACACUGUAGAUUGUAUCUGAAUAGGAAUUGUAAUGUUAAAAAGAUUCUUCCCAUUGUUUUGACCUUUCAAUUAGACAUGCAAUUUUGAAUUUUAAAUUGGCUUCAAUUAUACUUUAAGUUUUACAAAUGUUUUGUCUUCUAAUGUAAGCCAAGUUCCAAUACACAAGCAUGUAAAAAUAGUUAAAGUUAUCCAUUGGGGACUGGCCAAUGAUGAUAAACGAGCUGUGGAUUUCACUGAGGCAAGGCCACUGAGCUAAUGUUGGUGUGAUUUCCUCACUUACUCCGGUUCAGUAGUAAUCCUCUGACUGCAGAGCUGUGAGAUGUAGAGUCCACAUUCUUCCAUCAAGCAGCAAAAAAUGAUUAUAGAAAUCUUAUGCUAAACUGUAAAGCAAACCUUGUCUAAUUUUCUAAUAUUUUUAAUGUACUACAGUGCACAUUUUCAAACUAGUUUUUUAGGAAUUGUUUGUUGCUGUGUGAAGUUAGUGUGUACAUUUGGACAAUUUGUAAAUAAAAUUUUGAUUGUUCAGCAA